AUCUCUCGUCCUUUCCCCCUUCGCUUUCCGCGUUCUCUCCACGCUUGUUUUAUUUCUCCUCUCUUGUCUCCGAAGCAAACGAACGGAGGAGGAGAAAGUGGGGGCGAAGAUCACCGCGAGAUCGUGAAAUUCAUGGCCUGGUAUCAUCCUUGAGGCAUUUCUCCUUGUAGAGCGCUUGAAAACCCUAGAUUUUGGGUGAAUCCUCGUUCAAAUUUGGGGAAUUUGGGGGGUCCGUGCUAGGGUUAGGGUUUCGCCUGAUGGGGGCUGGGGUGUCGAGUAUUUUGGGGCCGGAGGGGGAGGGAGGGGCCCCGGAGACGGCGCUCGGCGACCUCCCGGAGAGCUGCGUCGCGGCGGUGCUCCUCCACCUCGACCCGCCGGAGAUUUGCCGCGUGGCGCGGCUAAAUCGCGCGUUCCGAGGCGCGGCGUCGGCGGAUUUCGUGUGGGAGGCGAAGCUCCCCGCGAAUUACAGGUAUCUGAUGGGUUUGGUCUCGGAUGACGAGGAGAAGUACAAGGGCGGGCUCAGCAAGAAGGAGAUCUACGCGAGGCUGUGUCGUCCGAAUCCUUUUGACGGUGGUACCAAGGAAUUUUGGUUGGAGAAGGUGAAGGGUGGGAUGUGCUUGUCGAUAUCCUCGAAAGCGCUGGUGAUUACAGGGAUCGACGAUCGGAGAUAUUGGAAUCACAUGCCCACUGAGGAAUCCAGAUUCCGCUCUGUUGCUUACCUUCAGCAAAUCUGGUGGUUUGAGGUGGUCGGGGAGAUCGAAUUUUGCUUCCCCGCAGGCACCUACAGCCUAUUCUUCCGCCUCCACCUGGGCCGACCGUCGAGGAGGCUUGGUCGUCGGACGUGCGGCACCGAGCACGUUCACGGAUGGGACAUAAAACCAGUUCGCUUCGAGCUCUCCACCUCCGACGACCAGCAUGCGUCAUCUAAAUAUUAUUUAGAAGAGCCGGGUAGUUGGAUCCUCUACCACGUCGGUGAUUUCGUGGUAGCGAACUCUGACAAAUUGACGAAGCUCAGGUUUUCCAUGACACAAAUUGAUUGCACUCACACAAAAGGCGGCCUUUGCGUCGACUGUGCCUUGAUUUAUCCCAAGGGGUUUAAGCACGAAAAGGAGGUUGUAGUUUAUAUGUAAGUAUGUAGCUUUAUACAAUUGAUGUAGUUUGUAGAGGAGGGAUAGAGAGAGUUUGCUAGUUUCUCUUUUUUUAGUGGGAGCCUGGUAUGCAAUUAUGUGUAUAUCUUAUCAAAUAUUAAAAUCAUUUUUGCUUUGACUAUUAAGGUCUAUGAUCUGAAAGGAGUAUCAGAACAGGCCUUUAACGGGAAUAUAUUCCGAGUUUCGUGUAUUGUUGACAAAAUGAUCCUCGACGAAAAAAGAAAAAAACUUUAAAAGUGUUUUUGUAGCUAUGCAA